AUGGUGUAUGCCAGAAUCCACCAAAUAACAUUCAUUUUAACUCAGUAUAACGACAAAAUCAAAAAGAAUUACAGGAACAUGACAAGAAUCAUUGGAAUUGAUAUAGGCGGCCAGACUCUGUAUAUCGGAGAAUGGGUUGAGGGAGAUCUAACACUUAAUCCUGAAGGUUUUUCCAAGAUUGUGCUAAACGACUAUCAAAAGAAGUUUUCUGUUGGGAACCAAGUAAACAUCUGCGGCCAUUGCUCCGCAAAGUAUUAUAGCGAUCCCAAGUCUGCUGUUUGCGGCUGUUUGGAGUAUUUCCGUUCUCUCUCUGAAGAAGAUAUGCGCCUGGUGAAAGACUGGAAUCCGUGCGAUCUAGUGAAUGAGAAUGGCGAAAUCUCAUUUGCUAUGAAGAUAAACGGAAAGGAGCAAAAACUGUCAUCUCUAGUGUUAGCGAAUUUCUACUUUGAAUACGCUCUUUACUGUAUCAUGCGCAAAGAUUCAGACCUCUACGCACAGCGUCUGGAGAUUCCAAAGCGGCAAAGCACCGAGGGAGGCGUGUGGGUUCCGGACACCUUCGGUCCAAAUGAGAUCGCAAAGCUGCGGACGCUGACUUCCUGGAGCAACUACAAGCAGUUUUUCUAUCUCAAGUCUUGCCUUGCGAUCGCUUUGGAGAACGGAUUCUAUGAAUGCACGCAUGAUCCAGCCUUCCAACCCGCGCGACACAUCAUCGUUGACGCUGGAGCCACACACAUGACUCUAUUCGUAGUGUGCUAUUCGAAGAACAAGAUCUGUAUUGAGUAUGCUCGCGAUGUUCCCGGCGUUUGCGGCAGGCUUUUCACCGAGAAAAUGAUGGAGUGCUUGGUGUCGAAGGAGACGAUCGAGCGACUGAAGCGCGAAGAGCGCAAGAACUACCUCCACAUUCUGGACGUGUGCGAGAAAAAGAAGUGCGAUCUGAACGCCUCGGAAAUCGGGGAAAUCGACGUGGAUCUCUCCGACUACAUCGAAUUCGACGGCGACCAGGACAUGAGCUUCCUCCAAGUCAAGAUCGACGCCUUCUCCUCUCGCUGCGCCCCGCUCGUCGCUCGUUUCCGCGCCGCCCUCCAAGAAAUGUGCGAAGCCAUCCGCGGUUUCCACGAUUCCACGCCGCUGGUGAAGGUGCUUCCCUCUGGCGGCGCGAUGCGAACGUGCUGUCUCCAGCAGGAACUGAAACGCGCGGUGCAGUCGCUGGGGUGGAACCAGGCGGAUUUGAUGCACACCCUCAACAUGGACGAGCCGGUCGCGCUGGGAGCGGCGACGUUGGCGCAUUUGCUGGAGCAGAAGAGCGUGAAGUUGGACAAAUCGGUGCUGGGGACGCUGGUGUUCAGCGAGGAUUCGGUGGAUUGGGAAUCGUUCUCGACGAAGGAGAGCGAUGUGGAGAUUUGCAUGAGAGAAAACGCGAUGGAGGUCGAAACGCAUCUUUCUAUUAUGGAUUCGAGAGAUCGAGCUGCGUUUGUGAAGACGGUCGAUGCGAUUCAUGCGAAGGAGAAGAUAUUCUUCGAGAUCGGCUCGCUGCUGAACGAGUUGACACGCAUUUCCUUCGAAUUCGAGGAUAAGGAAGCGGCUGGAAGUCUGGCGUUCGAGCAAGGAAAGCCGUUUUUGGGCAAAACGCUGCGGGAACUCAUCGGCGAAACGACGUGCUUCGGUCGAAAGAUCAACUGGGAGCGGCUGCAGACGAGCAAAGGGAAGAACGGUCGAUGGUAUGCGCGCUGGGUGGAGGCGUUGCGAGUUUACCAGCAAGCGCUGGAAGAACAGGAAGCGAAGUUCGUGUCUGCGAAGGAUGAGUUGAAGCAGAUUCGCAAUAGUCGAGCACGAAGAGAGGCCGUUACAGUGGAGAAACUGGAGGAUUUGAAGAAGUGUUUUGAGAAUGUGGAGAGCGAAUACUUGAAGGCGCUUGAUUUGGUGAAAUGGGUGAUCGAGUCUGUGAAUUAUCAGAUCUUGAGGCGUUCUGGAUAA